GGGAGCUACCAAAGCAAGCACAACAUCAAGCAGGCCAAAGGUCAUGGAUCGAUCGGCGAAGAAGCAGAAGGUAGAGGUCGAGAACGACGGCUCGGACAGUGAGAAUGAAGACAGCGAUGACGGUGUGCAGGUGGCGUCCGUGAUCGCCCAGUUCAAGAACGAACAGGGCGAGUGUGUCGGCCCGCAGCUCGACAUCCCUGUCGCGUCCACUGUGCUCCAAAUGGAGGAGCUCGUGAACCAGUUGCUGGCCAACGGCAAACAAAAAGUCCCGUAUUCGUUCUACCUCAACGACACGGAGAUCACAGACACGUUGGCGGCGAGUGUUCGCGACCAGAAUGCGUCGACGGAAGCAGCGUUGACCAUCACGUUCCAGCCCCUGGCAGUGUUCCGCGUACGCCCCGUGACGCGGUGCACAGACACACUCCAAGGGCAUUCGGAAGCGAUCCUGCACGUACGCUUCAGCCCCGACGGCAAGCGUCUCGCCAGCGGCGGCGGCGACGCCACUGUCCGUUUCUGGGAUACCAAUACAUGCAUGCCCCAGUUCACAGGCCGCGGACACAAGCACCAUGUCCUUUGCACAGCGUGGAGUCCUGAUGGAUCUCGCUUCGUCUCAGCAGACAAAUCCGGUGAAAUCCGAUUGUGGAAUCCCACGACUGGCAAACAAGUCGGCGAGCCCAUGAAGGGCCAUCGACAAUGGGUGACCUCGCUGACGUGGGAGCCAUUUCAUCGCAACCCAACGUGCGAGCGAUUUGCCAGUGCAUCGAAGGAUGGGUCGAUCAAGAUCUGGAAUGCGCGCACGGGCCGUCAAGUCGCGUCGCUAUCGAGCCACACCGACUCUGUCGAGUGCUUGAAAUGGGGCGGCGAAGGACUGUUGUACAGCGCGUCGCGUGAUCGAACGAUCAAAGUGUGGGCAGUCGAAGGCGAUCAAUUGGGGAAAUUGGUUCGCACGUUGGUCGGCCAUGCCCACCGCAUCAACACGCUCGCGUUGAACGUCGACUACGUGUGCCGCACCGGACCAUACGACCACACGUUCAAGACAUUUGACACCCGUGAAGAAAUGCAGCAAGCAGCGCAGGCUCGCUAUGACGCCAUUCGACGGGGCCAGCCCGAGCGAUUGGUCUCUGGCUCCGACGACUUCACCUUAUUUUUGUGGGAGCCUGCGGAGAGCAAGAAACCCAUCGAGCGCCUGACCGGCCACCAGCAGCCCGUGAAUGACCUGAGCUUUUCGCCGGACGGACGGUACUUUGCGAGCGCGUCAUUCGACAAGAAGGUCAAAAUUUGGAGCGGGAAGGACGGCAAGUUCAUCGCAACUCUAAACGGCCACGUCGGCGCCGUCUACCAAGUGUGCUGGUCCAGCGACAGUCGCAUGAUUGUGUCGGCCAGCAAGGAUUCGACAAUUAAGGUGUGGGAACUAGCCAAUUUGAAGAACGCCAAGGAAACGCUGUCUGGACAUGCGGACGAAGUGUACGCGCUCGACUGGAGUCCAAACGGUCAAAAGGUCGCGUCUGGCAGCAAAGAUCGCACGAUUAAAAUUUGGCGUCAUUAACGUGGAAAUCGAGUUGGGUUUCGAUACCAUGUCGCGUUGUGGCGAAGUGUGAGGUCGACUGGAAACGCUGAAGCGGGCUCGUCCGUGUUGGGUCGAUCUCCCACGCGUUCUGGUCAAGCAGUGGGAGCAAAUCGAAUACACUGUCCCAAUGGACACUGUAGGAUUCAAAAUACAACAGAACGAACGCAGACACCCCGACUGCGAUGUCUCGAAGUCCC